AUGGACGCUCCUCUCUGCCGUGCAUGCAUCGUGGACCCGAAACGCAAGAUUGACCAACACGCAUGGUUGGUUAACACCGUGCGGGCUGCCUGGGAACGACCUGGUAAGCCGGAGAGUUACAAAGCGAUGGCGGGCCGCAUCGCGAAAGAGUUCGACGCUUUUCACGCUGCGAGCAUAUACGGGCUGAAAAAGGAUGGCAAAGUCGUACGGUUCGAGACGGACGCCGAGCGCGAUGGGAGAUGCGCAGGGAGAGUUGGCAAAAUCUUCAACUGGAUCGAGAACAACCGCGCCUACUUCGAGAAUUUGAAGAAGGGCACGCCGAAGCUCCUUGAGCUGCCAACGGAAUCUGAGCCGGUCGCCGCACCGCGAGCAAAGAGCAUCGUGGAUCUUUACAAGCGUGACCGCCCCGAGAUCGGUCAGAUGGCACGACAAGCGGCGGAGAAGGAAGGCUUGACCUCGGGAGACCACUGGCUAGGCAUAGUCAACAAGGCAUACACAGCUGCCUUGCUCGAAUUGGCGACCACAGACCCGGAAAAGCACCAGGAGUACGUGGAGGAGUCGAAGCGGUCGAAGGAACAGGCGAGCAUGGAUCGCGCACUGGCCUUGCAACCGACCGCAGGCCCCAGCUCGGGGGGCGCGCCACCUGGGAACAAGGACAACAAAGCCGACUCCUUGAAGCGCGUCCUCUUUACAGCCAAGCGAUCGGUGGAUACCUGGGCGAACGAGAUUGAUGCCGACUUCUUCCUGUACGUCGGUGUCAUCGAGGAGGGUCAGUGUGUCAAGUAUCUCAUCGGCAACAAUGCGUUGUCCCCGGAUAGUCUCGUCGCGCAGAUGAAGACUAAUUCGGUGCUCGACGAGCUGGACGACCUUGUCCUCGAGCGCAAGAGGCAGCGCGAUGCGCCUGGGCCGCAGGCUGUCGCAGCUGAAGAGACCCACGACGAGGGUGUGGCACCUGAAGUGGCCGGCGAAGCCGUCGCCACACACGGACAGGACGCAGAGCUGCCAGCACCUGCCGAGGCCCCUUCUCGCUCUGGCACCUCGAGCGGUGUUCCUGAGGAACCCCCGCUUUUCAAUGCGCUUGAGAGCACCCCCGGUUCGGUCUCAGUGGCGUCCGCGAAGGACUCUGCGUUCAUUGACGCACCACCCGGCUCUGCGAUCUCUGCACCACGCCGCUUUGACCGCUCUGUAGUAGCAGACGGAACCACAGAAGCCGCCAUUCCACCAGCGGUGAGCGACGUGAGAGCUGGCCCUGUUGCCAGCGGCAGCGAGGCUAUCGAGGCCUCUUCCGCGAGAGGCGGAGACUCAGACUGCAUCGCACUACCAGCGGUGAGCGGCGGGUUGGACGCCUCCGCUGCCAACAUCAGCGGGACUCCCGAGGGGUCUGCGGCGACAGGCGGAGACCCAGACGACGUGUCGCUCGCAGCCGUGAGCAACGGGUCAGAUGUGCCCCCCGCCAAUGUUUACCAGGCUCCCGAGGUCCCGGCCGAAGACAACAAUUCUGGCCCUCGGUCGAGUGAGGACGAACACGCACCUCCGACAGCUCGCAAGAAGUCCAAGACGGCUCAGAAGAAGGCCUCUGCGAAACCUCGUGAAGCCUCUAAGAAAGCCAGCAAGAGGAAGGCACGCGAUGGCGAUGAUCCUCCUGACAGCGAGGCGCCACCAGCGACCUCACUUCGUUCGAAGCGGACGAGAACCGUAGCGAACUAUGCCACGCUGAACUCCAAAGGAAAGUAA